AUGUCUCUCUUCUCCUUCCUCGCGCCAACAACGCCGACCACGCCGGCGGGCGAGGCGGGCGAAGCGGCCCGCGACCCAUACAACCUCGACAGAUUCAUCAAGGCGCAAGACCAGAACAACGCAUUCGACGAGGUCCUCGCAGCCUUCAGAGGCGGCCACCGCAAGCCCCACCCCGCCAUCACCUGGAUGUGGUUCGUCUUCCCCCAGAUGGACCACUGCCAGACGCAGUCGCUACGCGCCAGGAUCAGCAGCGACGGCCUCUCCUACGAGGACGUCGACGAGCACAGGUGGCGGCGCAGGGACGUCUGGCCGGCCGGCCACGCGCUCAGCAGCCUCGACGAGGCGCGCGCCUACCUUCGGCACCCCAUCCUCGGCGAGCGCGCCCGCCAGGCCGCCACCACCGUCCUCGAGAGCCCGUUUGCGGACAAGUUUGCGCUGAUGGACAACAUCCCCAUGGACGUGGCGCGCCUGCACUCGAGCAUGACGGUGCUGCGGCAGGCGGCGCGGUUCCCGCGGUGCAUCCACGACAGGAGGGAGGACCAGCUCGGGGAGAACCGCGUGUUCGCGCAGGUCAUCAACCGGUUCUUCGUGCGGUUUGCGCACAGGGACGAGGAGGGCGACUGGCUCGACCAGGGGAGCAGGGCGCUGAUGGCGCGCAAGCCUGGGUCGCGGCACAAGCCCACGCUGCAGUGUCUCGAGGAGGAGGAGCGCGUGGCGAUCCAGCGGAGGGCGAAGGAGGGCGCGGGGUGUGUGUGUGGCCAUGGCAAGGAGGAGGUCUUGGAGAUGGAUCGGGCUUCGAAGAGGAAGAUGGACGAUUCGCGGGGGGCGCUGGAGGCGGAGAAGAGGCGCAAGAGGCAGAGGAGGGAGCAGAAGCGCAAGGAGAAGGGGAAGAGUGCUGCGGAUGGCAAAGAUGCCGCCAGCGCUGACGGAAAAGCCCCCGCCACGGAGACGAACAACCAAGCUGUCAACCCACAACUUCCGGCUCUAGAUUCUGCUCCCACCGGCAGAGAUUGA